UGGGGGGUCCUACUACCACUUUGGAAUCGAAAAUGCUCUCAUAGCUGAACUAACAUCUUUAGGACAUUUAGCAAAUGUGACUGAUACUCUCACACUUCGAAUUAACAUCGAUGGAUUGCCCUUAUUCCGUAGCUCCAGUUUGAGUCUGUGGCCUAUUCUGGGUAUGAUUAAGGAAAUUCCAGAGUGUAGUGUCUUUGUAAUUGGAGUGUACUCUGGUGUGUCCAAACCCGCAAAUGUGCAAGAGUAUUUACAAGAAUUCAUUGUAGAUAUGAAAGCAAUUUCUCAGAGUGGUAUUGUGUACAAUGGUGUACAUUUCAGGGUACCAUUACCUGAUGCUUUUAUUUGUGAUGCACCUGCUCGUGCCUUUCUUAAAUGCUCCAAAGGCCAUACGGGCUAUUAUGGGUGUGAGAGGUGCACUCAAAAAGGCCAGUACAUUAAUGGGAAGGUGGCUUAUCCUGAAAUAUCAGCAGAGCUCAGGACAGAUGAGCAAUUUGGCAGGCAAGGCUAUCAACAGCACCAACUGUCAGCCUCCCCCCUAAAUGACCUGGGUAUAGGUUUAGUUACCAGUUUUGUGUUAGAUUAUAUGCACCUUGUCUGCUUGGGGGCAAUGCGUAAGUUAAUAUUUCUUUGGUUGAAGGGGCCGCUGAAAUGCAGGCAAUCUAUGAAGUUUUUUGUUGUAAUGUCAGCAUAUAUGGUUUCUAUCAGGCAAUAUCUACCUAGCAAUUUUGCAAGGAAACCACGAUCCUUGUUUGAAUUCAGCACAUGGAAAGCUACAGAGCUUCGGCAAUUUUUACUUUACACUGGGCCUGUUGUUCUCCUCAAUAAUAUACCCAGUAUAAUGUACAGAAACUUUUUACUUCUAUCAGUAUCUAUGAGAAUACUUCUGAGUCCGGCCUUAUGUUCUCCUGACAAUUGUGACUAUGCUGAGGAGAUUUUGAAACUCUUUGUAACAGAUUUUGCUGCAAUUUAUGGUGCUGAAUUUGUCAGCUAUAACAUGCAUUCAUUGAUCCACCUAGCUCAAGAUGCACGAAAUUUCGGCCCGUUAGAUAGUGUUUCAGCUUUUCCCUUUGAGACAUUUUUAGGUAAACUGAAAAAACUUGUCCGUCGGCCUCAAAACCCUGUCCAACAACUCGUCAGGCGAAUCCAUGAGAAGCAGAAAGUGGCAAGCCAAAAGACCACAUCAGUUUUCAGCCCACUUAAACAGCUCCACUUUUCUGGACCAUUGAUUAAUUCAAUUGCAACAUGGGAACAAUACAGGCGUUACAAUGAUGGACAGACACUGAUCUCCUCCUCUCGUGGCGAUGACUGUUUUUCUGUAGGGGGAAGGAUUCUUAUUGUGCGGAACAUUUUGUCACAUUCUGGAAUUGUUAAAGUCCUGUGUAAUUUCUUUGAAACUGCCAAAUCCUUUUUCACCUAUCCAAUGGACUCAUCAUGUCUUGGAAUUCUUUUUGUUUUUAAUUUAUCUGAAGACUUGCAGCUGUUACCUGUGGAGGAGUUAAAAACAAAAAUGGUGUUAUUGCCACUCAAGACUGGAUACGUGGCAUUGCCACUCCUGCACUAGUGUGCUAUUUAUUAUUAUUUUUUAUUGUUUGUUUUAAUUUUUUUUUGUAUGUAUUUGUUUUUCUUUAAGCAUGUUACCUUUCGCGAUAGUUGAAUUUAUAAAUAGUGGAGGAUUGGCAGUUAUACCGACCAAGUGGUUUAUCGGGCCUGAGGAGGAUGAAUGCUACUGGCCACCAGCAAGGAUGAACAUGGCAAAGGCGGUCAUAGAGCAACAGGACCCUCACACUGACUGGGCGACAUACAAGUUGACUGUCAAGAGAAAAGUCGCAACGUAUGAAAUUGCCCGCACAAAAUUAGUCGAGUAUGAACAGAACACAGAUGUACCAACCGAAUCUGAUUCUACAGAGAAUAUGGGAAGGGGGAGG